CUUUCGCAUCCAAAAAGGCAUAUCUGCUUAAAAAGUCACCACAACGAGGUGGAAAGGGAAACCAACAACAACGUUCCAAAAUGAAAGGAGGGACUCAUCGCUACAUCAAUGGAGACGGCCGGUCGAAAGAAGAGAGGGACACGAGCUCAGAAAGGACACCAUGAGCCGCAACUACAGUGUCACUCUCUCAGGCCCCGCCCCCUGGGGCUUCCGGCUGCAAGGUGGAAAAGACUUCAACUUGCCGCUCACCAUCUCUCGGCUAACAGAAAGUGGGAAAGCGGCCAAAAGCGGUAUCGCCAUUGGAGACCUGGUUCUGUCCAUUGAUGGUAUUGCGACUGAGGGUAUGAACCACCUGGAGGCCCAGAACAAGAUCAAGGCCUGCACUGGUAACCUCAGCCUCAGCCUAAACAAAGUCGCCAGUGCUCCCAAGCCUCCUCCGGUGGCACCUAAGGUGGACAGAUCAGACAUCAUAAAACCCGUGGCCGUCGCGCAUCCGCCUUCCCCGCCCUGUUACAGCCCCGCCCCGCCCAACAAGCCCCUCCCCAGGGCAUCAGACCCUCCCUUGCGGCUUGCAGCCUUCAUUCCAUCCCCUUCGUCGGCCUUCACCCCCGCCUCCACCUACACAAGUCUUCCUCCUCCUCCUCCUCCUCCCUCUUACCUAUCCUCCCCGCCUGCCGUGGUCCCACCCCAGCCAUCAGUGUAUAACACACCCAUCCACCUGUACUCCAAUGAGAAUGCGUGUGAGGUGGCCAUGGGGCAAAGGCGGGGCCUAUUGGAGAGUCAGGGCGGAGCUUUGCCGGUGCACUUAAAUGGUGGACCUCAAACUGUUAUGAGAAAACCCCAGCCAGCAAGGCCUCCCAGAAAACACGUUGUGGACACAGACAUCCACUUCUACCACGUGCCCACUCAUGCCGAUGCCAGCAGGAAGCGCAUCAUGGAGGAUACAGAGGACUGGCGUCCACGCACUGGCACCACCCAAUCCAGAUCCUUUAGGAUUCUAGCUCAGAUCACAGGCACUGAGCGCGUUCCAGAAACGGAAGAAGCAGACGCAGCCAAGAAGACAAAUGAAAAUGAGCCGCAACCCAGCAGCCAUGAUUUCGCCACUGUCAAGACGAUGAUAAAAGCACCCACAGCAACCCACGGUGUUGCUGCUCCCCAGUCCGGUCUGAUCACACCUUCCUUUGGUAUGAAGUCUAACGGCACUGCGCCCCGGUGUCCCGCCCCGGUCCGACCCGUGCCUCAGCCACACCCUAAAGACGAGGACACGCUGGUCCAAAUGGCGGAACACUUCCCUGCCGGGACUCGAACGCCCAUGUGUGCACACUGCAACAUGGUCAUCAGAGGGCCAUUUUUGGUAGCAAUGGGCAAGUCGUGGCAUAAAGAAGAGUUUAACUGUGUCCACUGCCACACGUCCCUGGCAGACAUUGGCUUUGUGGAAGAACAAGGUUGUGUUUACUGCGAGCACUGCUACGAAGACUUCUUUGCCCCCACCUGCAGCCGCUGCCAGGCCAAGAUACUCGGGGAGGUGAUAAACGCCCUCAAGCAGGCGUGGCACGGCCACUGCUUCCUGUGCGCCGCCUGUCAGCGGCCCAUAGGAAACAACACCUUCCACCUGGAGGACGGAGAACCGUACUGCGAACAAGACUUCUACAGUUUGUUUGGCACGGGCUGCCACGGCUGUGAGUUCCCCAUCGAGGCCGGAGACAAGUUCCUGGAGGCUCUGGGCUACACCUGGCACGACACCUGCUUCGUUUGCGCCGUAUGCUGCACCACUCUGGAGGGUCAGACCUUCUUCUCCAAGAAGGACAAACCUCUUUGCAAAAAACAUGCCCAAACACUAAAAAUAUAACGUGUUUUUUUUUUCUUUUUCGUAAGUAAACAUUCACUUGAAAAUUACAGUCUAGCUUUGGAAAAUAAAAGAUGACCUUUGGUAGCAGAAGUACUAAUAUUUGUAAUAUAGUAAUAAUGGUGGUCAAGCCUACUUUUAUACUAAACAUAUAAUAGAAAAUACAUUUAGAGGAGAUUUUUUUUUAAAUUUUCAUUAGUAUUACUCGACGUAAUCAGCAGUAAAGCAGCACUUAUAUGAAUACAAAUAAAAGGAUCACACAUGUAUACACUGCAAAAACUGAAAUCUAAUUAAGAUUAAAUAUCUCAAAUAAGGGUGAUAUUUGCUUAUUUUCUGUCUGAUAAGGUAAUUCUUAGUGUUUUACUUGUUUUUAGAGUUUUGGUCCUAAAUGAUCUCAAUAAGAUAAUACAGCUUGUUGCUGAGAGUUGAUGACCUAUAUUGAGUAAAACAUGCUUGAAACUAGAAUAUCAACUGUUGCAAAGCUGUGUCAUCAACACUCACAAGUAUAAAACUACUUUUUUAAAGUAAUCAUUUCAUAUUUCAAGCAUAAAAAAAAAAGCAUGAUUUUGACACAAUCGUGUCUCAUAAUUAAAACAGAUGACAACCAAACUGACUUUGCUGUUUUAUUUUCAAUGAAACAAUAGAAAACACGUACUCAUAUAGUAGUACAGUUGGCACAGUACAGUAAAAUGACAGUUAAUGUUUAAACAUUUGACAUUUCAAACAAUUUUGAACAGAAAUAGUUCAUGCACAUUCAGAUAAAUUCCUCAAAAUUACAAUGAAAAAAGUUUUUGGCCGGGGGCCGGGCUGUAUAUAUGCGCACUAAUUGACUGAAAGAGCACGCAUUUGGCGCGAUGAUGUCAUGUUAUUGAUGGAAAAAUGCAUUUUUAGACCAUAUGAUUUGCCUGAGCGGCUAGGAGACCCCGAGAGUAACAAGCGGUUGCCUUGUUGCCUUUCCAUUAAGAACAAUAAAUUAGUUUUUAGUAUAAGUUUGCUGGUUUCAAGAAAUGUAAUGCCGAGCGCAUAUCAUGUCAAGAUAAUGGCACUAGCAUUUACUUAAUUUAAGAAUAUUUUUCAACAUAUUGAGCAAAAAGGUCUCAUUUUUUUUUCUACCAAGAAAAGUGCACUUGUUAUUAGUGAGAAUAUACUUAUUUUAAGGUAUUUUUGGGUUCAUUCAGGUUGGCUAAUUUUACUUGUUUUGGAAUGUCUUGACAAGCCAUAUUUUCUUGUUCAUUGGCAGAUAAUUUUGCUUAGUUCAAAUAAAAUACCCCUCAUUUUUGUAUUUUUUUUUUCUUGUUUUUGAACACUGACUUUUUGCAGUGUAUAUGUAAUGUUUUUUUACUUCAUAUUUUAUUUAUGGGCAAUAUUAAUGAUGUGUCACAAAACAGUUUUAAAAUGCAUCAACUAUAUUGAUAAAAUACUGUAUAAAAGAACAUAAACAUGUUUCCAUAUAAUUUAGUUACUUAUAUUAUUUGAAUUAUUCAUUAAACAUUACUGCAUUUGGCUUCGUCCAGUGAUUCUCAAACUGUGGUACAUGUACCACGAGUGGUACGUGGGCUCCAUCUAGUGGUAUGCCAAAUAAUCCCUUAAUUAAAAUAUUCAAGCACAGUGUUACUUGUUCAAACUGUGUGCUAUGUGUGGCCAAAAAUAUUAAACAUGAUUGUUAAAAAAAAAAAAAAUCUGCCUUGUUUUUAAUGAAUACCUAGGACAGGAGUCGGCAACCCAAAAUGUUGAAAG